AUCAUAGAGAUGCGGGGACCUCCGCGCUUCCUAGACAGACCCGGAAGUGGCUUCGGGAGCCAGUUUGACAGCUUUCACUCUAGAGCGUGGGCAGCAGCUACCAGAGGCUGAGUCUGCUCUCUCGUCCGUGCAUCUACAAGCCACGCUGUCGUCUGCUUCUGUCCAGUUGUCAUUUUGCUGCCUCCUAUGGACUCUCCGAGGUUCCCAGAGGAAACCGUCCUCAUAACAGGAGGAGGUGGAUAUUUUGGCUUCCGCCUCGGCUGUGUUCUGAACCAGAAAGGAGUCCGUGUGAUUCUGUUUGACAUCAGCCAACCUUCCCAGAAACUUCCAGAGGGAAUCACGUUCAUCCGUGGGGAUAUCAGCUGCCUCUCUGAUGUGGAGAAGGCUUUCCAGGACACUGUCAUUGCAUGUGUGUUUCACAUUGCCUCUUAUGGUAUGUCUGGGAGGGAGCAGCUGAACAAAACCCUGAUUGAAGAUGUCAACGUGGGUGGCACAAACAACAUCCUCCAGACCUGCCUGGAGAAAGGAGUUCCCAGGUUAAUUUACACAAGCACGGUCAAUGUCAUCUUUGGGGGUCAAGUCAUCAGGAAUGGGGAUGAGUCUCUACCUUACCUGCCUCUUCACCUGCACCCAGAUCACUACUCCCGGACCAAAUCCAUUGCAGAGAAGAAGGUGCUGGAAGCCAAUGGCUCGGCCUUCAAGCAAGGCAAUGGCAUCCUCAGAACCUGUGCACUAAGGCCAGCUGGCAUCUAUGGGGUGGGAGAGCAAAGGCACCUUCCCAGAAUAGUGAGUUACAUUGAGAGGGGCCUGUUCAGAUUUGUAUAUGGGGAUCCCAGUAGCCUGGUCGAGUUUGUCCAUGUGGACAACCUGGUGAAGGCUCACAUUCUGGCCUCUGAGGCUCUGAAAGCUGACAAGGGCCAUGUUGCCUCUGGGCAGCCCUAUUUCAUCUCAGAUGGUAAGCCCGUGAAUAACUUUGAAUUCUUUCGGCCACUGGUUGAGGGCCUGGGCUACACAUUCCCAUCCAUCCGCCUGCCACUCACCCUCAUCUAUUGCUUUGCUUUCCUAGUAGAGAUGACCUAUUUCAUUCUGGGUAGGCUCUACAACUUCCAACCUUUUCUCACCCGCACUGAGGUUUAUAAAACUGGUGUCACACAUUACUUCAGCUUAGAGAAAGCCAAGAAAGAGUUAGGCUAUGAGCCUCAGCCAUUUGACCUGCAGGAGGUGGUAGAGUGGUUUAAGGCCCAUGGUCAUGGCAGAAGGCCUGGAGAUCAAGACUCAGAGUUUAUUCUGUGGGAUGGAAUUCUGGUCAUACUCUUGGCACUAUCUCUUCUUACCUGGUUCCCUCCUUCUACAGUUCUGAACAUAUGAAGAGAAAACUACACAUAAGAGCUGAGCCUACUCCAUAGGAUGGUUUUCAAGAAUGCAGGUUUUUAAAGAUAUUUCACAUUAUUUGGUACCACUCCUGGGUCUUCAAAUGACUGCUUAACAAUGAGUCUUUAAACCCCAUGGCCACGAAUAGGCUAUUUCCUUAUGAAUUGUUGGUCAGGGAUGCUCCUGAGGCUUCUAAAACAGUGUUGACUGUUGCCAAAGCUCUUGGUUGCCUACCAGAACUAGAUAGUAAGACCCUAUUAAGAAGGCCUCAUACAUUUUAGCAGCACAUGAAAAAAAAUCAAGCUGGAAUGGAACUGUAUCCCUCCUCUCUACUUGCUAGAUUUCAUAGUGUCCAGAAGGUUCUAUGCAUACUGCUGAAGGAGAACAGUCUUAUUCCUCUGCAGACCUUUCAUACUGAACUACCAAUGACAGGCAAGGUGUAACCUCUUGUGCAAUAGUAGCAUGACUGUUUGGGAAUAACCAGCUACUUCCUAAUUGGAUUGGAGACCUGCUCCACAGGAGAGAGUUUGCCCCUGGUACUGUAAACCUGUCCAGAUGCUCAUGGCUAAAGAAGCCAUAGCCAAGUGGAGCCCACUACUGAUAUUUUGCUACAUAGAGAAGUUGUGCCUGUAAAACUGCUUUCUAUAUAUUUAUGUUUAUACCCAUAGAUUAGUGCUGCUCUCAGCUGUGAUCAGAGAAGCAUCUCUCUGUCGCAGUCAGCAGUUAUCCUCCAGAGACCCAUAACUGGUCAGUGCUGAGAACAAGUGAGUGGUGAACGCUCAUCCAUAGACAGGACAUCUGUGUCACCCCCUCCAAGUCUCAUGGGACUCAGUAGCAAAAGCGGUAGAAAGAAUGCAAAU